AUGCCACACAAAUAUCGUUCACAUGUACACAAACUUAAAAGACUUCAUCAUAAUGAUAAUCAACUAAUGACAAUCACAAAUGUUCCUUGUAAUCUUCUUGAUGAAAAUUUUUUGAAUAAAUCAAUAAAAUAUAUUAAAUCUUUUGAUUAUUCAAUAUCACAAUUAAUUGCUGAUCAUUCAACUGAUCCAUUACAAAAUACAAGUCGACAGUAUAUUAAUGGACUAUCAACUAUUUUAAAUGAAGGUCGUUUUGUUAAUCAUGAAAUGAUUAUACGUCGAAAUGGUGAAACAACAUAUCUUCGACCGAAACAAGAUUUAGUCCUUGCAAAUGGAUUUACACCAGUUAUACGACCUUCUUCUAUAUUACCAUCAUAUCAGUCCAUAAUGUCUCAUUCUCAAGUAUCAUCAUCAUCAUCUUUAUCAAUUAUGAAUAAAAUGUCAAUAAUGAAACAACCUGAACAAACAACAAUAAUUAAAACCAAACGAAAGAAUCGACAUAGAAGAAAACGUUGUAAUGAACAAUUUAUUGAUCAUCAUGUUCAAUAUAAAACUUCACAAGAAUCAUCUCUUGUACAUUUUUUUAAACAAACAUUACAUGAAAUCAUUGAAGAGAAGAAUUAUCUUCCACCACCACUUAUGUCAAUUCUUCCUCAAUUUCAUAGUCCAUCUUCUAAUUAUCAUAAUCAAUCAUGUACAUUACCAGUAGAAGACAAUUAUGUUAAUUCAAAUUUUAAUAAUCAAUAUUUCAAACGUCCAUUAAAUACAAUGUCAGAUAAUAGAUAUCAAGAAUCUUCUUAUGAUAUUCCUUUUGAACCAUAUCAUAAAUUAUCUUAUAAUUUUCCACAACAUGAACAUAUUUGUAAAAAGUCAUUAAUGCCACUUCAUAGAAAUUGUACAUAUACUCCUGGUUAUUUUUUUGAUUAA